AUGUCGGUGAUAGACAAACCUUCAUCUGCAGUAAACCCGUUACGGGAAAAAGUGAUGAGCGCAUGUUCAAAGAAGCUAUAUAACGACAAGGAUUGCAUUAAAAUAGCCGACUUUAUGACUCCACUGGUAGACGACAUGAAUCUGGAUUCAAAUCUCGACAGAAAACUGCACAAUAAGCUGGAAAAAUACGAGUUGCGAUUGAAUAAAGAGUAUCUCAGCGAGUUUGAGAAGAUUAACAGCAUCGUUCAAAAGUUCGACGAGCUAUGUGUCAAGAUGAAUUCGACCUGCACAAACUUGUCGAAACAGAUGGAAACUGUAAAAUUCAAGAGCGUGGAUCUGGUUCAAAAGACAGCGAAUUUGAAAGAAAAGAAAGCAAGUAUAGAGACAAGAUGCAACGCGAUCAACGAGUUUCUCGAGAAUCAUUCCUUGACUGCUGAAGAGUUGCGAGAGCUAGAAGAGUGUGAACAAACCGGACAUCUCUCGGAGUUCUUCUUCAAGGUGCUUGAAAGAUGUCACGAGAUUCGAGAAAAUUGUCGGAAUAUGGUUCAGGAGCAAGGCCAUCUAGCAGCAUUCGAAGUUAUGGAGAAGAUGCAGAAAAUUGAUGAGAGAAGCCACGCGAUUAUCUGUAAUAAUCUGAAGAGAGAAUUCCAAAAUCUGACAGUGGAUUCUCAUCAGAAAAAACAAAUUCUUUCGAAGGCAUUUAAGAUCAUUCAACAAAACGAUGCGGUUUUCCAGCUAGCUAUAGAUCAAUAUAUCUCCUCCCGCUCACAAGACCUGCUCAAUCAAUUCGUCGAGAUUAACAAAAUGGCUGUUCAAAUGCCAGAAGGCCUUGCAGAACCCCUGAAAGCUGUCGGAGACAUGCUCACCUCGAUUCAUGAGCUCACCGAGCAAGAGAAGCAGCUGUUCAGUUCAAUCUGCACUUCUGAAAAUAUGCCAGCUGUUCUAGAUGAGUGUCUGAAGUCUCUGACGUCUCCGUUUAAGAUCCGUGUCGAACAGCUACUAUCCACUGAAAAAGAUGCCGUGACCAUUUUCAAAAUGGGAAACAUUCUAAUUUUCUACGCUGACAAGUUCGAGACUCUUAUCCGAAAGGACAGUCACUUCACGCAGAUGCUUGUGGAGCUUGUGAAGACUGUUCGUCAAGUGUGCAUCGCAGGAAUCAACCACCACGUGGAUGGGCUGAUGAGAAAGAUGACUGCACCUCACUACGAUCUCCUUCCGGUCCCAGAAGUCCGACAAUGUCUAUCUCUUUACCAUGGUCUCAUCUCCAUCGCCAUCAAAACCGGAGAUCUAAUCCUGCUUCUGGAGCCAGAAAGAAUCUAUGAAUACGUUUUGGAGCCUCUGAUUCGAACUGUUCAACUAAGUGCCACUAGGCUGAAAUCGGAUGUUGAUGUCUCCGUGUUCACUAUCAAUUGUCUAACAGUCAUUAGAAGCGCCAUCUCAGAAAUCUCAGCGUUCAAAAAGAAAAUCGAAAUGAUCGACGCUAUGAUCGAAGGAAAUUCUGAUGUAUUGGUGUCGGUGCAAGUGUCGGAAAUGCUGGAGAAAUCUGGAAUUCUAGAGUUGUAUCAAAAGUUCAUGGCAGUGUGUCCAGAAGAGAAAAAACCGCUUUCGACUCUUCCUGGCCUCGAAUCCAUUACUGUUGGCGAUGCUCUCGUUAAGUUCACACAAUUCCUUCAUCUCAAUGCUGCCUCUGACCACACUUAUGAUCUCGAUCAGCAAAUUUUGGCUUCAGAAGAACGUCAAAAAAUCCGCGAGCGAAACACGCUGGAAUUCAUCAAAGUCUACAAAAUGAUCGUCGAUCAUCUGGGAAAUCCAGCGAACGCGUAUGAGAAUCUCCACUAUCUUCCAAUUGAAAACGUGGAAAGUCUUCUGAAAUUCGAGAAAGAGAAGGAUAAAUUCGCCUCUGAAUCCACCGCCUAA